UCUCCUUCUCUUUGCGAUCGCUGUCGGAGAAUAGCCGACGCGGCGGGCGAAUUCUUGUCGUCGUCGGUCGUGUUGCGUACACCACGUCCCCGGUCGCGUAUCCCACCACACGCACGCAUACGGCACACACACACACACACAACACACACACACACACACAGCACACAAGCCAACACGUCAGUGCAUGCGCGAUAAAAGCGGCCGCGCGGAGCACUCCGGGCUGGCAAUUUUGACAGCACUUUCGUCUCUCGUCUGCCGACGCGACAAUCAUGGACGAGAGACGGAGUAAUCGCGAGGUCGUGACGGUGCUGUUCCUGUGUGUGCUCUGGUACGCGAUAUCCAGCAGCAGCAACGUCGUCGGCAAGAUGCUGCUGUCGGUGUUCCCGUACCCGAUCACGGUGACGAUGGUGCAGCUAACCUCGAUCACCAUCUACUCCGGGCCGUUCUUCAACCUGUGGGGUGUCCGCAGGUACACGUCCAACAUCACAUGGAGCUACUACAUGCGGCUGAUCGUGCCCUUGGCGCUGGGCAAGUUUCUCGCGAGCGUGUUCAGCCACGUCAGCAUCUGGAAGGUGCCAGUCUCCUACGCUCAUACUGUGAAGGCUACAAUGCCCCUCUUCACGGUAAUCCUGUCGAGAAUUAUACUGCGGGAACAGCAGACAUGGAAGGUCUACCUGAGCCUGGUACCGAUUGUCGGAGGUGUCGCAAUCGCCACGCUCACGGAACUUAGUUUCAACAUGGUCGGUCUGAUAAGCGCGUUACUGUCCACCAUGGCGUUCUCCUUGCAGAACAUCUACUCCAAGAAGGUGCUGCAUGACACAGGGGUGCAUCACCUGCGACUACUGCACAUACUCGGUCGUCUGGCUCUCUUCAUGUUCCUGCCGUUUUGGCUGCUGUACGACUUGCAGAGUUUAGUGCACGAUCCGGUGACGAAGACGUCCGUGGAGAUGAACUAUCACACGGUAGGACUGUUAUUUUUAGACGGUAUACUGAACUGGUUGCAAAACAUAAUUGCGUUCUCCGUGUUGUCCAUCGUGACUCCUCUAACGUACGCGGUGGCCAGCGCGAGCAAGCGGAUAUCCGUGAUCGCGGUGACGCUGUUCGUUCUGGGCAACCCGGUCACGUGGCUGAACAUAUUCGGCAUGACCAUGGCGAUACUCGGUGUAUUGUGUUACAAUAAGGCCAAGUACGACCAGAGAGCGGAGAAUGAAAGGGCCACCACCCUGCCCAAGUAUUAUAGCCUGCUCCACAACGGUAAUAACAAUUCCUUCAUGGUGAACGGAUACGUCGACAAGAAACAUCAAUUAUACGCGGUCUAGUCUCAAUUGUUAACUCCCGUCUCUGACAUGUUCACGUGAGUUCUCUCUCGUUACGUCGUCGAGAAGUCCGAGAUCUCUUUCUCUUCGCGAUUCGCCAGAGGAUUCGCGAUUUCCGAAAGAGCUGAGACAUCGCCGUGACUCUUUGCGAGACGUUUCAGUUGGCCAGACGCAAGGAAGAGGCUCAUAGAGGAUGAAUCUGACGCACCGAGAGAAAAAGUAUCUGAAAAAUACGACUUAUCUGUCGGGCGGAUGUCGCUAACAUAUCAACUUGCUUGAAUCUAAAUUCUUUUAUUCACAAGUAGAACAAGCGAUUGCUGUCACGAAGGGUAACAACGGGUUUAAGAGAAAAUGUAUAUUUUCUCACUCGACUGGACAGAAUAAACAUUUGUCUUCGUGAAGAAGCUUACGGAUUGAACAAAACGGGCAUUUUGUCAUUUUGGAAAGAAAUAAGCGUUUUCUCGUUUGUAGAAAUAUAUGUUAUCAGCGCAGAUAAAUGCGUUAUCAGUGAAUCUCCACUGGGAGUAAACAUUUCUCACUUUUUAGAUACCUUUUCGCUCGGUGCGCUAUAUAGAAUUAUUUAUAUAUGUGUGUGUGUAUAUUCGACUUGUAAAUGUUACGGGCAAAAGUGAUUUACAUCCUUCGAGUUUGGCGCGCGAGAGGACUCGUCGUCGCUACAGUUGCAUUCUGUAUUUUCGUACCGAUGAUGGCCGCACGCUUCAGAGAAUACUCGAGGUCCUUUUUUAUAUAUAUAUAUAUAUAUAUAUACAUAUUCGAUCGCGAGGUUGAGUUUAAUUAAUCAUGAUAUUUCUGCGAAGAGCCGUACCUGCUGGUAAGGUCUGAUUCAACAUUACGGUGUGCGACAUAGCUGAUUGCUGGCCCAAUUAGCAUUAUAGUCGGUGAUUAGUAGCCAGUCGGCGAUCCGACUACAUUCCUCGACGUAUCGCGCUGGUCAUUGACGGAUUAUUACUAUUAUUGGUAGUAUUGAUAAUUCUUUCGCGCUCGAACCGUUUCCGUGUAUCCGACAUGUUUAACGACACUCGUUGAUUGUAUACGGCAUUGACACACUGUGUUGUUCGCCGGCUGCAUUAUAUAUUGUCUAAAUUAUCGAGUCGACCGCGCAACGGCAAGUACACCUUCCACGAAUCCGGACGUUUCGCAACCUCGGCUCGGCGUCGAUGUCGCUCGACGCCACCUCGCCGUUUACAAAUCUAUCAAAGCGCGUUGCUCGUCCAACGCGUUGCUCGUCAAUUCUCCAGAUCCUUCGGGAGAAACGAAACAAAACAGAUUAACGAAGACGAGCAACACGAAGCGGGUCAGAACGCUCGUUGCGACUUCAACGACCUUUUGAUACCGCCAUUCGUGCAGUUUAUCGCAGAUACACCGGCGCGCUUCAGACUCCUGUCGGUUCGCUCCCUUAUUUAAUGGGUCAAGAUCGAACAGUUUUAUGAGUUGCUGUUGAAACGAGUGUCCCAAUUAGCGAAAGCGAGAAUGUAGCCCGAAGCGCAUUGAUGAUAUUUACGCGGCCAUCCUACACUGGGAAAAAAAAUUUAGUAUCUCUAACAAAACUGUUUAGUCGAGGCAUUUUUUAAUAGCAAUACCAAAUAUCUUGUUUUAUAUAACAAAAUAUUUAGUUGUCUCAACUAAAUAUAUUUUUCCGCUUUGUUUUCUGGACCACAAAUGCUUUUGUUUUUAGAUUUCAUAUGGAAAUAUUAAGC